AUGGACCCAAAAAGAAUAAUUCAACUUCAACAACGUUACCAAACUACACCACUCCCUCUUUGGUUGAGAGGAAGAUACGGUAAGAUGAUGGUUUACCCAUUUUAUGGAUUGUUUGCAGUGGCUACAGCAUUGCCAUUGUUCUACGCAGGCAGAGCAAUAUUGUCAUUAGUCAAUGUGCUUUACUAUCGAGCAGCGACGCAACAACACUAUCGAGCAGCAACGCAACAACACUAUCGAGCAGCGACGCAACAACACUAUCGAGCAGCGACGCAGCAAUACUAUCUCGCUCUGCUCGAUAGUGUCACUACCUUGUUGGAUAGGGAGAUGUUGAAUAAGGAGUCUUUGAAUAAGAAUUUUUACAAGGUCAAUAGUAUAGUUGAGAGGAAGCUUCGCAAGUUUUUAUCUGGACCAAAGAAGGGCGAGACAUUUGAGUUAAAGAAUGGGUUGGUUUCACAGUAUAAGCAUGAACGUAAGGAUGCUAUACAACGGGUUAUACAAGCAAUGACUGUGGGAAAGGACGUGUCCUCCUUGUUCCCCGAUGUCUUGAAGAACAUUGCCACCUACGAUUUAGAGCAGAAGAAGUUGGUUUACUUGUAUUUGAUGAACUAUGCCAAAACACACCCCGAGUUGUGUAUACUAGCAGUAAACACAUUUGUUCAGGAUACAGAGGAUCCAAAUCCCUUGAUUCGUGCUUUGGCAAUUAGAACAAUGGGAUGCAUCCGUGUCGCAAAGAUGGUCGACUAUAUGGAGGUUCCACUAACAAGAACAUUGAAAGAUGAAAAUCCAUAUGUUCGGAAAACGGCCGCUAUUUGCAUUGCUAAAUUGUUUGACCUAAACCCAGAGAUGUGCGUUGGAUUUGGAUUUUUGAAUGAUUUGGAGAAAUUGUUGUCGGAUGCUAAUCCUAUGGUUGUUGCAAAUGCGAUAAAUGCUUUAUACGAGAUUAGAGAUAUGAAUGAGGAUCCUAGCUUGAAUAUUCUCGUUAUCAAUGGAGAUGUCAUUAGAAACUUGUUGUUGUGCUUGAACGAGUGUACUGAAUGGGGUAGAAUCACAAUCUUGACAACUUUAACCGAAUACGAUACAAGGGGGAAAGUCGAAGAGGCAAAUCAUAUCAUUGAAAGAGUAAUACCGCAGUUGCAACACGUGAAUCCCUCAGUGGUCCUAAGCUCAAUCAAGGCGAUCUUGUGUCAUAUUGAGAGUAUACCAGUGGCUACUCAAAGACAAUCGAUAUUGAGGAAAUUGUCAGCGCCUUUAGUCUCGUUGGUAAGCUCUUCGAUUCACGAGGCUCAGUAUGUUGGAUUGAAAAAUAUUAGAAUUAUAUUGGAAAAAUAUCCAAAUAUUUUGUCAAAAGAAUUGAGGGUGUUUUUCAUCAAAUACUCCGAUCCGUUGUACUUGAAAUUGGAAAAAUUGGAAAUCAUGAUUAGGUUGGCCAAUGAAAGUAAUAGUGAAUUAUUGUUGGGGGAGUUGAGGGAGUAUGCAAUGGAAUUUGAACCUGCAUUGGUGACAAAGGCUAUCAAAUCUAUAGGAGCAGUUGCAAUAAAGUUGAGCGGUUCGGUUAUUAAAGCUGUCAACUUGCUCAACGAUAUCAUUGAUCAAAGAGGCGGCGAGUUGAUCAUUAACGAGGCGACUAUUCAGUUAACUAAUGUGUUGAGAAGAUACCCAAACAAGAGUGAUAUUGCGUCCUUAGUCAUACCUAUGAUUUCUAACCAUGUUGCCGAACUAAAUUCCAAUGAAGCAUUAGCAGGAUAUGUAUGGAUUUUAGGUCUGCAUCCAAAGUAUUUUACAGACUUGCAUGAGAAACUACAAUCACUAAUUGAUGGUUUCUUGGAUUAUGAUUCACUUUUGCAGUUGAACAUUUUGACUACAGUUGUCAAGAUCAAUUUGGAAUCGCUGAAUAAAAAGUAUUCGCCUUUGUUGCAAAAGAUUUUGGAACUUGCCACCAAGGAGUGUGAGAAUGCAGAUGUUAGAGAUAAAGCAUACAUAUACUGGAGGUUAUUGUCAUCCUCUACUUCUGAAUCAUUGCAAAAGAAGAUUAUUUUGACCAAGUUACCUCCCAUUCACUCAACAAUUUCCGCAUUCAACCCGCAGCUUCUAGAGACCUUGAUGCGAGAAUUGUCGACAUUAUCGUCGGUAUACUACAAACCUGCCGAAUCGUUUAUAGAUCCAAAAGCUUAUUCAAGAGUGCCUAUCGGCAAGAAGACAGAUGGAAACAUUGACGACUUGAAAGAAGUUGCAAAACAAGAAAUUAUUAAUAGUUCGAGAAACGAAGAUUUGUUGAAUUUCGAUGACGAUGAUGACAACAACAACAACGAGGAAGGAGAAGACGGAGUAGACAAUAAUGGGUUCACCAUCGAUAGCUUAAAGAGUGACGGUGUCAAUGAUUUACUCAAGGACUUGAGCGAUUUAUUUAGUGCACCAGUUGGCAAUAAUAAUAACAAUAAUAAUAAUAAUAAUCGCCCUCCAUCAACAAAUAUUGAUAUCUUGGAACUUUUCAAUGCGGCUCCCAAAACAAAGCCUGAUUCAAAUACAGAGCCAAAAACAGAGCCAAAAACAGAGCUGAAUCCAAAAAGUAACUCGUCGGGACUCAAUAAUGAUCUAUUAGACUUAUUUUGA